AUGGAAGAAGCUCUUGUUUCUGCUUUUCCUCUUCCUAGAGGAUUAAGACUUUCUCUUGAAGAAGGAGAGUUACUUGAGGAUGCUGAGGUGUACAGGAGAAUUAUUGGCAAGUUGCUCACCUCUGAUCAAUCAUUGUUUAUGUAUCGUCGCGGUACUUCUAUGACAUAUUUGUCACUAUAUGUGCAUGAUAUUAUUUUGACAGCUUCUUCAGAUGCUCUACUUCGGUCUAUCAUGACUAAACUGAGUUCUAAAUUUGCUAUGAAAGAUUUGGGUGCUCUCAGUUAUUUCUUGGGCAUUGUUAUUACCCGUCAUGCACGUGACCUCUUCCUUUUUCAGCGAAAUUAUGCUACUGAGAUCAUUGAAUGUGAUGGAAUGUCUGCUUCCACGCCCUUUUCUACGCCUGUGGAUACCAAGCCUAAACUGAGUUCCACCUCCAGUGAUCCCUAUGCAGACCCUUCUUUGUAUCGUAGUCUUGUUGAGGCUCUUCAAUAUCUCACCUUCACCAGGCCUGACACUUCAUACGUUGUGCAGCAAGCUUAUUUAUAUAUGCAUGACCCUCGAGAUGUACACAUGCAUGCACUGAAGACCAUUGUGCGCUUUACAGGGUACUCUGGAUCAUGGGUUACAUCUCAACCCCUCCUUUAUCUCCAAUCUCAUUGCAUACACUGA